AUCAACAGGCGACAUGAUUGAGACAACAAACGUGAGACGUUGGUGUUAACGCAGAUGCCGUAAAGUAGGUUACUACUUUUAGACCACACUGCUCUCUCUCUGUUGGUUCAGUUCGACCGCCAAUGAAUCCAUUAAUUAGACGGAGACUUCCUCCGUCUGUGAGGAGUCUUCUGACAGACAUCGGUCCUAAGGAGGAGUGGACUGACACGGAGCCCGAAACAGAGACUAGAGACGGGAUUCUGAUCCCGUCCAGAAGACCUGGACAAGAGGAGUUUCUUACCCCAGCCAUGACGCAGGAGCAGGACGCUGCAGAGGAGGGGAGAAGCACCAAGAGGAGCACAGUCUGCAUGCUGUGUAAAUGUAAGCCCUCUUGCUACACCUGUCCCCGGUGUAACCUCCAGUACUGCGGCUUGGCUUGCUACCAGAGCCCAGAUCACGCUGCAUGCUCUGAGGAGUUUUACAAGGAGUCAGUUCUACAGGAGCUGAAGGAAAUGGGCAAAACAGAAACUGAGGGGAGAAAGAAAAUGGAGGAGAUUCUUGUGGGACUCAGACAACAGGCAGAGAAGACACAUGGAGGGAUGGAAGGUUUGUUAAAAGAAGUGGGUAUUGUGCAAGAUGACACAGAGGAAGGGGAGGCAGAGGCAACGGAGAAGGUCCAGGUUGUGGAGCUCCUGUCCAGGUUAGCAGAGCUUCAACAGGCAGGAGACGGGGGUACAGCAGAGAUUGAGGCUAUUUUGGAAAAACUUGAAGAGAUUGGAGGAGAGGAGCUGCUGACUGGAGAAACAGACGAGGAAGCUGAAGGUGCAGAUGAGAAGCUUGACUUGGCUGAUCGACUGUCAGGGCUGGAUAUUGACAAACUAUCAGAAGAAGAACUGUGGGAACUUCUCAGCAGCAAAGAGAAGGAGGGGUUUAUGGAUCUGAUGAAGGGUGGAGCUCUUGGUGGACUCGUUCCCCUGUGGAAGCCGUGGUGGGAGGAGCAUGAGGACGGAGGGAAAGCAUUGGUGGAGGUCCUGGAGGAGGAAGUAAAUAAACUGGAGAGACAAACUUUAACAUCUACAGGUGAGCAGAGUGUUGGUAGUACAGAAGAAGUGAUUAAGAAACGGGGCAAAUCAACAACAAAGCUUAAAAACGUUAAAGGUGGCAACAGAAAGCAAGCAAGCAAAGACAAAGGAAGUUCAAUCGUCCAAAAUGUUCCUCCCAUUUCUGCAAAAAUUCCAAAGCUGAGUUCCUUAUGUGCAAAUCCAUCCUCUCUUCUUUGCUAUGGUGUAGUCAAUGCACUGUUUGGCUACUCCUUCACCCUGUGCCUGUUCAACGGGGACACUGAUUCACUCAUGUUUGAAUUCUGUGACAUGAUCCUUGCUCUGUCUGAGGCACUGAACUCAAACAGGGUGUUCAACUCUGUCCAAGAGGCCUUAGACUGCGGAGAAACUCUCAUUUUGAGUGGCGGUUACCUUGACAAGGAGGACCCUCUUGCCCCAACAAGAGCGGUGGAAGCUGUGGCUCACAUCAUGACCGGCAGAGACAGAAAGGAUGCUACAGGAUACUGUCUGGCAGCCUUGAGUCAGCUUCGCGCAGCGCUCUCCCAGGCCAGAACAGCCCUGUCUAAAGAUGGAGAAGAAGGGGUGAAGAGGCAGAAGUACUUCCUAGCAAGCAAAAAGUGUGAAUUCUUUCAAGCCUGGGUGCUGGACAAUGCACACCAGGUUCACAGACUGGCUAUUGAACUGUGGAGCGAACACAGUAAAAGAGAGAGUGUAAGGAGCGGCAUGGAGAAAGCAAAGACUGUAGUCGAAGAUAAUUUGAAGAAAGCAAAGAGGAAGGAGAAAACUAAGUUGAUUGAAGAACUGAGCUGAUGACAUUUUUCUUGAACAUGCGGAUGUUUGUAAAAAAUAAGUGUUGUAAUAAAAGUCAUGAAAAUCAAAA